AUAAUCUGCCGGAUCGUUGGGCUGACCGGUUUUACUCUUUACGGUACAUCGGAGUACGCGCGCUCGAUCGUCCUGUCUGCGAACGUCAGCUGCAAAAAUCGAAAAUCUAGCCCGGAGAUUAACUCGCCGCAAGACGCCAACAACUUCUGACUUUGUAUAGUGAACAAUUAGCAAUCAUGCGGCUUCAGUUAGGGUAUCUACUGUGUCUCUCGAUCGUAACGCUUCUCACGAGAGAAGGCAUCUGUGCUGUAACGCAAACAUCUCAACAGGCAAACGUUUCUUCAUCGCCAAGUUCUGUCGCGGCUCAAUCCGACGACGACGAGGACUUCGUGCCUUAUCAGGGCGAGCGUUUCACCGUAUUUGACUGGAUGCUGUUCAAGAACCUUGGCAAAGCAAAUCCAGACAACGUAUUGAUAUCGCCGAUUUCCAUCAAAUUGGCAUUAGUGCUUUUGUAUGAAGGAGCGCAGGAUCAAACCGCUCAUGAACUUGCCAGUGUCAUGCAACUUCCAGUUAGCCUGGUGGCCACUCGGGAGAGAUUCAGCAGUAUCCUACAAUCCCUACAAACUCCGUCCCCAGCAUAUACUUUGAAUAUUGGGUCGCGCAUCUACAUUGAUAAUAACGUACUGACCAGACAACGCUAUGCGGCGACGGUAAAAUCUUUUUACGACACCGACGUGAUCAACGACAAUAUAUCCGAUGUGCAUACUAUCGCAAUGAAAGUUAAUUCUUGGAUCUAUAACAUCACAGAUGGACACAUUCAGAAAAUGAUAAGCGACGAGAAAAGCCUGGAGGACUCGGUGAUGCUGAUUGCGAACGGGUUGUUCUUCAAAGGCGCUUGGCGCCGCAAGUACUUUGCGCCUGCGAUGACUCGCGUCUCCAAAUUUCACAUCAACGCUAACGACAGCGUGAACGUGCCGUACAUGCACAGCAUGGGUCGAUUUUACUACUUCGAGUCUUCGAGACUUGACUCGAAGAUCCUCCGGAUCCCAUACGACGGAUCUAAAUUCGCCAUGUACAUCAUAUUGCCGAACACAUUAACCGGGCUGGAUCACGUUUUGAACGAGAUCAAUCCGUUCAUACUGGCGAGAGACAUAUGGGCCAUGCAGGAAUUGCCGCUUAACGUUUGGAUUCCAAAAUUCAAGUUUGAAUUUACGACCCACUUGGAAAAUGCUUUACGCGAGCUUGGUAUUCGUGACAUCUUUGACGAUACCGCAUUGUUAACGGGCAUAGCGAAGACAAAACGAACUUCCAGACACUUGCAGGUGUCCGACAUAGUGCAUAAGACUGGGAUAGAAGUGAACGAAAACGGCACGAUCGCUUAUGCCGCUACCGAGGUGCAGCUUGGCAACAAAAUAGAAGAGGGCACAUUCCAUGCCAAUCAUCCGUUCGUGUUCUACAUCGAGGACGAGUCCACAGGUACUAUCCUUUACAUGGGCAAGGUGAAGAAUCCGCUGGAUGCAUCCGGGAUAAUAGCCAAACCGGAACAGGAAUUCCCGUCGCGAUACACACCGGACCCCGUGAACGUGACUCCCAAACCCGUCGUUCCAGUCGCGAUCAGUGCCGAGGAGCGAUACAACUUCUUCAACAUCGAUCUCCUGCAGAGAGUGAACGAGGAAGCCAAUGGCAAUGUGAUACUGUCCCCAUCCAGCGCGAAAGUUGCUCUCAUGAGUCUGGUGGAAGGCACCGGUGGUUAUACACGCCAAGAGCUUCUGUCAGCCUUGAGAUUACCGCCGGAAGAACACGCAAUCAGAAGAAUAGCCAGACUGACCCUCGCGAAUCUAAAGAACUCGCGAAAUGGCACGGAGAUCGAUGUGGCGACUCACUUGUGGGCCAAUCCCACUCUUUUAACGUCCGAUAAUUACGCGAUUGCCUUACAGCGGCAUUACAAUACCAAUAUUCAGCAGUUGAAUUUCGCAGAUGUAAAUGGCGCGACGCAGACAAUCAACAAUUGGGUUCGCGAAGCCACACGGAAUAACAUCAAUUCAAUCGUUCAGCCUGGCACUCUCGAUCCUGACACCCAGUUACUGCUGACCUCGGCCUUAUACUUCAAAGGACGCUGGCUGAAAUCCUUCGACAAAGACGCCACGCUUAUGCGAUGCUUCCAAGUGCCUCGGCGCGGCUGUCAAAACGUCCCUAUGAUGGAGAACAACUCCAAAUAUCGAUAUGCCUAUAUAGGUUCCCUCGACGCCGAAGUGGUAGAGCUGCCGUACUCGGACGGCAGGACGUCUAUGUUAAUAUUCUUACCGGUUCAUGAAAACACCGACCCGAAUCUCCAGAUCCUCUCCAAGGAUCUGUCGUAUGUGCCGAUGAGAACGUUGUUGGCAGCCCUCACGGAAACCGAGAUAGUAGUCGCCAUUCCACGAUUCAGUAUCGAGAGCAAAGUGGACUUACGUACACCUUUGAUGAACAUGGGUAUACUAGACAUUUUCAGUGCAGCAGCGAAUUUCACAGGCAUCCAGCCUAAUAAUUAUGUGCGACUAGGGAACAUAAUACAAAAUGCUAAAAUAGAAGUCAAUGAAGAAGGAACAAUUGCUGUUGCGGUAACAGAACUCACAGUUAUACCUCUCAUGGGGAUGACGCAAACCUUCAUCGCAAACAGGCCAUUUAUCUUUGCCAUUGUAGAUGUGCUAACAGGUGAAACACUAUUUGCUGGUCGCCUUAUAGAUCCUACUACAAACAGCUCCAGCAGCACUUAGAAAUAAGCUCAAUACUCAGAUAAGGCAUAUUUUACACUUGAGAAAAUGCUUGCAAUACAAAAGACUCAUUUAUGUAUAUAAUGCUGCUUUGUAACACAAAUAAUAUUUGUACUGUGUUCUUAAUUAUAAUCAUAGAACGACUGUUUAUCCUUUUACAUAUACAUGAGAAAUCAUAAUAAAAGUUCAAUCCUA